UUGUAGCAAUAAUCGUGCUUUAUAUUAAAAUAGGUAUCUGGAAUAUAAUCUCUUACAUGUAGCUGCAAGUAUGAAUGUGCAGUAUACACAGUCUACGCCUGUUUGUGAGUGCUCCAUGGCCCAAGGUGUCACUGAGGAUAGCAGGGUGAGGCCAGGUGACAGCAAGGCACUAGUAUCUGGACUUUGGGAUCAUUACUGACCAGCUCGCUAUAUAAGCGCCAGAAUCUCACCACCUAAGCACAAGCGCUUCCAAGUGGACUUUCAGAGAACCACUCACAAGAGAGUCAUGAAGGUCCUUGCUGUGCUCGUCCUUGUCGUUUUCACCGGCUGCAAUGCCAACCUCCUCUAUGCUGAUGAACCCAAGCCACAGCUGGAAGUGCUGACUGAAGCAUUCUGGGACUAUGUUGCCAAAGCCACCCAGACAGCUGAUGACACCGUCCAGAUGAUCAAACAGUCUCAGUUUGGUCAGGAUAUGACUGCUCGUAUCACCGAGGGUGCAGAUGCUGCCACAUUGUACGCUCAAAGAGUCCAGCAGCAGCUUCCCCCUGGGGCCCAGGACAUGAUCAGCACAGUCUCCAUGGAGACCUACGCCCUGAGAAUGCGUUUGGAGAAGGACAUUGCCACAGUCAAGGAAAAGAUUGAUCCCUUAACUGAAGACAUGAAGGUCAAGAUCCAAGAAAGAGUGGAGCUGCUGAAACAGGAGCUGGCCCCCUAUGCAGACUCCCUGGACUCUGAGGCUCUGAGAACAACCUUGAUGCAGAAGACUGAGGAGCUGAAGGCCAGCCUGGAGCAGAGCGUGCAGGAUCUGCAGACUCAGCUGGAGCCCUACACUGAAGACAUGAAGCAGAAGGUGGACCAGCACCUGCAGGAAUUCAAGGAGAGGUUGGCGCCUGUGACAGAGAAGGUCCAGAGUGAGGUGUCUCAGAGAGUCCAGCUGGUGAGAGAUAUGGCCUCUCCCUACGUUGAUGAUCUGAGGGGAAAACUGGACCCCUUGACCCAGGACGUCCAGGCUCGUCUCAACAACCUCUAUGAGUCCUUUGUCAAAACCAACUAAAUCAACAAGAAAGAAAGAAACUGCACCAAAUGAAAAAGUAUUCUCUGAACCCUAGAUCAUGUUGUCAAGUUUACAACCACUAGCUCAUCUUCUCAAAAGUUGCACAUGUCCAAAGAUAUAUUUGAAGUAUUAACAAGGUGUUAAAUGAUACAUAUAGAGUGUUGGUCUGUGACCUUCAUGGUGUUCUCUUCCUAUAUUAUGGAAAUAAAGUAAAAAGCAAAACAUUAA